AUGGUUAACUCCUCAACAGUUGCUCAAAGAUGGAAAGCAGAAGUUGCAUCACAUAGUACUUGGACACCCUCAGAAUUUUUGAAAAAAGUGUCAAGCAAUGAUGGAAUAACAAUUUCAAAGAGGCAAGCAUAUAGAGCAUUGAAGAAAGCAAGGGCUGCCAUUUAUGGUGAUGAAGAAAAGUGUUUUAAUAAGAUAUGGAAUUAUUGCAAGGAGAUUGAUAGGACAAAUUUUGGCAGUUCAUGCCAUGUCAAAGAGGGUGAGCUGGUUUAUGAUGGAAAGAAAAGGUUCCUAAGGUUUUAUAUGUGUUGGGGUGCGUGCAAGCAAGGGUAUAAGUUUUUAAGGCCUAUAAUAGGGGUUGAUGGGUGUCAUUUAAAGGGACUACAUGGUGGGCAGUUGCUGUUAGCUAUUGGAGUUGAUGGGAAUGACAGUGUGUUCCCUCUAGCUUAUGCAGUAGUGGAAGGUGAGAGAAGGGAAUCAUGGACUUGGUUCUUGCGCCAUCUAAAAAAGGAUCUGUCAAUAACUCCUCAAGAUGAAUUGGAGUUAACAUUCAUUUCAGAUAAGCAAAAGGGCUUACUCCCAGCUUUUGAAGAAGUGCUGCCAGCUGUGACUCACAGGUUCUGUGUGAGGCACUUACAUGGGAACAUGAAAGUGGCUGGAUUCACUGGAAAAGCAGUGAAGGAUGGUUUAUGGGAAGCUGCCAGGGCCACCACAGUAAACUCAUUUACUGCUGCAAUGAAGAACUUGAAAGAAAUUGAUAGUAGGGCAUAUGAUUGGCUGAUGGACAAGCAUCCCUCUGAGUGGUCCAAGUCACAUUUUAAUACCAAUGCACAUUGUGAUAUGUUAGUAAAUAACAUCUGUGAGUGCUAUAAUGCUGUCAUAUUAGAUGCUAGAGAGCAGCCAUUACUUAGUUGCCUUGAAACCUUGAGAAAGAAACUCAUGGCUAGGUUGUAUGAGUGUAGAAAACAGGCUCUGAAAUGGACUGAACCUAUAUGCCCUAGGAUUCUUAAGAAGAUAGUAGUGAAUGAGAAAUUAGCUGGGGGCUAUACAGUUAUUCAAAGUGAUGACAACUUGUUUGAGACUCGAGGGGUAAUGAAUAGUGCUAUAUGGAUGAAACAUGGCAAGGGUCCAGUGCAUGACUAUGUACAUCCCUGUUAUUUCAUUGACACCUACUUGAAGAGCUAUGGAGGCAGUAUAAGGCCUAUGGCAGGCCCUAAUGAGUGGCCUGAAAGUGAUAAAGAACCCCUUCUUCCACCAUUGUACACUGCAAAACCAGGCAGGCCAAAGAAGUUGAGAAAGAAAGGAGCUGAUGAGGUUUCCAAAGUUAUUGAUCUAGGUGGGACAGAUUUGAAAGGAGUAGAUCCAAGCAAAUCCAAGGAUGGGAUACACUUGAAGAGAAGCCAUGUGAAGAUGCAUUGCACUAAAUGCAAAAAGGAAGGCCACAAUAAAAGAAAGUGUCCUGAAGAUCCUGCUGUGAGGGAGAGAUUGGCCAAUCUAAAGAAAAGAGUAAGGGUGAAAGCAAAGAAAGGUCAAGUACCUGCAUCUUCCUCAACUGCCCCAUCUUCAAUAGCUCCAUCUUCAAUUGUCCCUCCUUCAACACUUCCACUGCCAGCAGAACACAAGGAGAAGAUGAUGACAGUUGCACCAUCUACUGAAGUAACAGCUGAUGAAAUACCAAUGACAAGCCAGCCACCAAUACUUGAAGACACUCAAGAAGAAGUCACCAAUUCCCCCUCCAUGGACAAAGGCAAGAAGUAG